AUGGUCCCUCAGCUGGCUGGAGUGGACACUCUGGGAAACCAGGAGUCUAACGCCAACUGGGCUAAGGAACCUAACCUCAACCUCACCCAGGGUUGCCCUGCCCCUACACCUACCCCUACAGAACACACACAGGAUAACCUGUGUCUGAUAUCCACCAAUACAACCUCCAGGAUCCAAUCAACAGGCAAUGGACAGCCGGUCAGCGGAGGGGUGGGGUCCAACACCAACACACCUUUCUCGACCAAUGGCGACGGAGGGAAAUCGCCAUCGGAGCAUGUGAUUGGAGUAGAGCAGCAGAUGGUUCUGACAUGUCGAGGAGGUGUGAGUGUAACCGAGGCGACGGCAGAGGGCCAUAGGGACGGCAACGCCAAUUUGACAGCGUUAACCCCCACAGCCACCGACGAGGAGAAGGAGAAGCAUUUCUGUAAGGCCGGCCUGUCGUCCGCCGUUACAUCAUCAAAGGUUGACGCGCAGACAGAUUACUGCAGAGCGAAAGAGCCCGGUGGUGCGGGGACGGGGGAGGGGUGUGCGGAGCCCCAGCCAGCACCAGAGCCCACAGCAGUACAGAGCGCUACAGCCGUCUCUGCAGUAGCUAAUAAGGAGUCACUGGUAGUAGGGGACGACAAAAACACACCAAAUCAACAUCCCCCUCAGACCUGUGAUCCAAAGCAUACCUCGUCCUCUGAAGCGCUGACGUCUCUGACGACUCCCAAACAAGGUAAGGCAGAGGGCGCUGCAGUGACCACAAACAAGGUUGCUCCGCCUCCCUUCAAAUCAAAAGAGGCUGAUAAUAGUACUACAACACAGAGUCCCUCACCUUUACCUAGCUCGGCCACCGCCACCGCCACCACCACCACCACCAACCCUACUCCAUCAGAACGCCCUCUACAGGCCUCUAAAAGAAACACGCCCGAGACAAACUCUCAGAACCCUCCCUCCCAAACGGAAUAUAAUAAAACGGCAGAGACAUCGCAGCCGGAACAGACCAAGGAGACUGAAGUAGCUCCUGGCAAUGCUGCCACCACCAUCCCCAUCACGCCUCCAUCAUCAGACAGCAAGGCAAACGUAGGGCUUAAGAAUAAGACCUCAAGUCCGGCACCUCCCGAGAAGAAGGAUUUAAAACCUACUCCAGUAGCAAACACACAGAUCUCCUUAGAUAAACACCUGCAGGCGGCAUCGUCAGAGUCUCCAUCACAGAAGGAUCCUCCCUCGUCACCCAACGAGGCCCAACAGAACCAGCAGCCUGAGGCCCAACAGAUCCAGAACCAGCAGCCUGAGGCCCAAUGGAGCCAGAGCCAGCAGCCUGCCCACCAUGCAGCACAGGUGGCAGACGAAGCCGUCCAGACUGCCUCGGCCUCGGAGGAGAUGCAACAGAAAGCCCACUGCAAACUAUACCGGGAGGCCUCCACCAUGACCCGCACCCCCACCGCCACCCCCACCCAUAGCAAGCAGGGCCAAGACGUGGAGGUCCAAGCGGUGGCUAACGUGUGCAGCCGGGCGGUCUCCACCAGCCCCAGCCUGUUUCCUCUGCCCCCGCCCUACAAGGCCACCAACAGAGGUGCUGCCCUGAGGGAGGAAGCAGCAGCUGAGAGCCUGUCUGUGGUCUACCAGGUGCCCUCACACCAGAUUCACAUGGGCAGCAAUCUAUCAUGCCCCCCGCCGCCUAACUACACCGCAGGUCUCAGGUCCGGGUCAGAGCGAUUGACCCUGGAGGCGGGGUCAUGCUCCAGUCAGAGUGCCGGGGUGGUGCUUCAUGCAGAGGAGGCGGUGGCGGCCCUCCAUGCAGAGGUCGCCAGGCUGGGGGCCAAGCCUAAAGAUCCGGCGGUUGGGGGGGCAGCAGCACUAUGCAACAUCCAGCAGAGAGGAGCGCUCCCGCCUCUGCAGCCCGUCUACCAGAUCAACAUCGAGCCAUGCGGCAGCCAAAACGAGCCUGAAGCUAACGCGAAUCAUCACCAGCAUCGAGGCGAGAAGGCAGCAGCAGACUCCCAAUCCAAGCCCAAUGCAGCAGAGAAACCAACAGUGUCUAAUGAAGCGCAGGCCGUGCCAACGCAGGCUGCCAAGCCUCCCUCUGCUAAAGCUCCAUCCUCAAAACUAGAAUCACCCCCCUCGUCGCCAACUGCCGCAAGCAAGACCAAAUCCUCUGACAAUAAGGCUGCUCCUCCUCCUUCGCAGUCAGCUUCUUCCGUUACCAAGCCCAGCCAGGCCUCAACACCAACCUCCAAAAAAGCAGAGGACACUAAACCCAAGACGGCAGUGAAAGCGGCGAAGGAGAGCAUCGUUAAGGGGGUCGGGGGAGUUAAGGCUUUGUUGGGCAAGAAGAAGCAGCUGGAGCCAGAGAGGAAAGAAGAAGAUGAGGAAGGGAAACAGAAAGGAGAGAAGAGCGUGCAUGAUGUGCUGUGGGACGAGCAGGGGAUGACCUGGGAGGUGUACGGAGCAUCCGUUGAUCCCGAGUCCCUGGGCUUUGCCAUCCAGAGCCACCUGCAGUGUAAGAUCAAAGAGCAAGAGAAGAAGGUCGUGACCCAGUCAUCACUCAGGAAGUCCAUCUCAGUGCCGCCGGUGGUGCCCGACUCGCCCGCCACCAUCGCCGCGGACGACGCCAACAGCAGGAAAAACAAGAGGAGGCAGCAGAACGUUUUCAGGUCCAUGAUGAAAAAUGUCAGACGGCCCAAGUGCUGCGCGCGCCCUCCCCCUACCGCCGUGCUGGAGUGA